CACCGGAGUGGAGAAUAGUUUGGGGUGGGGUUUCGCACGGUCCCCUCCCCCCCCCACCCCCGGGCCCCCUUCCAGGCGCUUUCUGGGAGCUUUCAGAACUGCGCUCUGAACUUUAAAGAGCAGCGAGGAGCUUGUGCCGCAGGCAGGGACAAUGGAAGAAAAUGAAAGCCAGAAAUGUGAGCCGUGCCUUCCUUACUCAGCAGAAGGCAGACAGAAGCAGGAACAAGGAAAAAGCAAUCUCCAUGUGACGUCAUUAGAAGAUGCAGAAUGCCGCAGAACCAAGGAACGCCUUUCUAAUGGGAACAGUCGUGGUUCAGUUUCCAGGUCUUCCCGCAAUAUCCCCAGGAGACACACUCUAGGUGGGCCCCGAAGUUCCAAAGAAAUCCUGGGAAUGCAAACGUCUGAGAUGGACAGGAAGAGAGAAGCUUUCCUGGAACAUCUGAAGCAGAAAUACCCCCAUCAUGCCACCGCUAUCAUGGGCCACCAAGAGAGGCUGAGAGACCAGACAAGAAGUCCCAAACUGUCUCAUAGUCCCCAACCUCCCAAUUUGGGCGACCCAAUCGAGCAUUUAUCAGAGACGUCUGGUGAUUCUUUGGAAGCCAUGUCUGAGGGAGAAGCUCCGAGUCCUUUUUCCAGAGGCAGCCGAACUCGAGCGAGCCUUCCAGUGGUGAGGUCGACCAACCAGACGAAAGAAAGAUCUCUGGGGGUUCUCUAUCUCCAGUACGGGGAUGAAACCAAGCAGCUCAGGAUGCCGAACGAAAUCACAAGUGCAGACACGAUCCGUGCUCUCUUCGUAAGUGCCUUUCCACAGCAGCUCACCAUGAAAAUGCUGGAAUCACCCAGUGUCGCCAUUUACAUCAAAGAUGAAAGCCGAAAUGUCUAUUAUGAACUAAACGAUGUAAGGAACAUUCAGGACAGAUCGCUCCUCAAAGUGUACAACAAGGACCCUGCACAUGCAUUCAACCACACAUCGAAAACUGUGAACGGAGACAUGAGGAUGCAGAGAGAGAUUGUUUAUGCAAGAGGAGAUGGCCCUGGCGCCUCUCGACCUGGAUCCACAGCUCAUCCGCCCCAUGCCAUUCCAAAUUCUCCACCAUCCACGCCUGUGCCCCAUUCCAUGCCUCCUUCCCCAUCCAGAAUUCCGUACGGGGGCACCCGGCCCAUGGUUGUUCCCGGCAACGCCACCAUCCCCAGGGACAGACUCUCCAGCCUGCCAGUCUCUAGAUCCAUCUCACCCAGCCCCAGCGCCAUUUUGGAAAGAAGAGACGUAAAGCCGGAUGAAGACAUGAGUGGCAAGAACAUUGCGAUGUACCGAAACGAGGGCUUCUAUACCGAUCCUUACCUUUAUCACGAGGGACGGAUGAGCAUAGCCUCUUCCCACGGCGGGCACCCGCUGGACGUCCCCGAUCACAUCAUCGCGUAUCACCGCACGGCAAUCCGCUCGGCGAGUGCCUACUGCAACCCUUCUUUGCAAGCGGAAAUGCAUAUGGAGCAGUCGUUGUACAGACAGAAAUCGAGGAAAUAUCCAGAUAGCCACUUGCCUACCCUGGGCUCCAAAACACCCCCCGCCUCUCCGCACCGAGUCAGCGACCUGAGAAUGGUGGACAUGCACGCCCACCAUAAUGCCCACGGGCCCCCUCACACCUUGCAGCCAGAUCGGGCCUCCCCCAGCCGCCAGACCUUCAAGAAGGAGCCAGGCACCCUGGUGUAUAUUGAGAAGCCACGGACGACUCCAGGAUUAGCCGGCAUUGUGGACUUCGGCCCUCCUCUAGUUGAGAAGCAGGUGUUUGCCUACAGCACAGCUACAAUACCCAAAGAUAGAGAGACCAGAGGGGGUGUGAGAAAUACGAUCUGGACGUUCAGUGACUUGGCGCUUUAUUACAACCACUAUCCCGUUUGCCGCCAAAAGGCCCCGCUGAGGCUGAUUUCUUUUGUUCGACAGCUGCAGAACCAGGAGCUGCUGAAGGCAAUGAUGAAGAAGGCUGAGCUGGAGAUCAACGGCAAAGUGAUUGAAACAAUGAAGAGGCUGGAGGACCCCGUGCAGCGACAGCGUGUCCUGGUGGAACAGGAGAGACAGAAGUACCUGCGCGAAGAGGAGAGGAUCGUGAAGAAGCUGUGUGAGCUGGAAGACUUUGUUGAAGACUUGAAGAAGGACUCCACAUCAGCCAGCCGAGUGGUCACUCUAAAAGACGUGGAAGACGGGGCUUUCCUCCUGCGACAAGUGGGAGAAGCUGUAGCUACCCUGAAAGGAGAAUUUCCAACCCUACAAAACAAGAUGCGAGCCAUCUUGCGGAUAGAGGUGGAGGCCGUGCGGUUUCUGAAGGAGGAGCCCCACAGGCUGGACAGUCUGCUCCAGAGGGUGCGGGGCAUGACCGACACCUUGACCAUGUUGCGGAGACGUGUCACCGACGGGCUCUUGAAGGGUGCAGAUGCCGCCCAGGCCGCUCAGUAUGUGGCCAUGGAGAAGGCCACGGCCGCCGAAGUCCUGAAGAGCCAGGAGGAGGCACCCCACGCCUCGGGCCAGCCCCUCCACGCGGCAGGAGUCCCCGGCGAUGUGAAGUCGGAAGUGGUGCCCUUGACCGUUCACCACGCACAGAGCUCCUCUGUGGUCGUCCAGCCCUCCCAGCUCUCCGCUGCCCUGCUGAACCCUGCCCAGCACCUGCCUGCCGGGACCGGUCCUCACCCAGCCAGCCCUCCAGCCGCCGCACAGGAGGGGAGCUCCACGCUGUCGCCCGCUCAGGCCCCGCAGUCCCCACAGACACCCAUGAACGGUUCCACCAUGCAGAGUUUGUUCAUCGAGGAAAUCCACAGCGUGAGCGCCAAGAACAGGGCGGUGUCUAUCGAGAAAGCAGAAAGGAAAUGGGAAGAGAAGAGGCAAAACCUGGACCACUAUAAUGGGAAAGAGUUUGAGAAGCUGCUAGAAGAAGCUCAGGCCAAUAUCAUGAAGUCAAUUCCAAACCUGGAGAUGCCACCAGCCAUGGGCCCACAACCAAAGGGCGAUGCCCCAGGAGACAAGCUAGAACUUUCAGAAGACUCUCCAAAUUCAGAACAAGACUUGGACAAGCUGGGGGGUAAGUCCCCACCUCCUCCUCCCCCGCCCCCUCGGCGGAGCUACCUGCCAGGAUCAGGGCUCACCACCACGAGGUCCGGCGAUGUGGUCUACACCAGCAGGAAGGAGAACACCACCGCUAAGGCAAGCAGUGAAGAUGCUGGACCAAGCCCCCAGGCUAGAGCCACAAAAUAUCCAACGGAGGAGCCUGCUUCUGCCUGGACCCCACCCCCACCACCAGUCACUACCUCCUCCUCGAAGGACGAGGAGGAAGAAGAGGAAGGAGACAAAAUAAUGGCAGAACUCCAGGCAUUCCAGAAGUGUUCCUUUAUGGAUGUAAAUUCAAACAGUCAUGCUGAGCAGUCCCGGGCUGACAGUCACGUUAAAGACACUAGGCCGGGGGCCACGGUCCCACCCAAGGAGAAGAAGAAUUUGGAAUUUUUCCAUGAAGACCUGCGGAAAUCUGAUGUUGAAUAUGAAAAUGGCCCCCAAAUGGAAUCCCGAAAGGUUACCUCAGGGGUUCUUGGACCUCUUGACCAUCCUAAGUGGGAAAUGGCAAUGGGGAAUGGUAUUUCUGAGGCAUCACGAACCUCAGAGUACAAAACAGACGUCCUAAAGAAGGAAAAUUCCAUAUCCAACAAGAGUUUAUUUAGAGACAGUAGAAACUAUUCCCAGAAAAACGUGUCUAAGGUCAACUCCAGCUACCCUGGCACGAGUCCGUCGGAAGUUGAAAUAGACAAAGGACCUAAGAGCUCUGGACCACAGUACCCUGUAUCUGACAGUGAGCAGAAGACAAAUUAUGGAAAAGCAAAGGAGAUGAUGAGUCUGGAAGGACCAGAAAAUACGGAUAGGUGUGACCUUCCCUCUCCCACUAGGUCAACUGAAUUGAGCCCGUGUGAUGUCAAAACUCAAGAUCAGGGGGUUCCCAUGACGGAGUUCGGCCAGGUCGUUCUAAGACCCAAGGGGGCGCGGCAUGCGAACGUGAACGCCGGCGAGGACAGGGAGUCGACCCCAAGUUCUCCCACCGAGGAAAAUGCGACCCCCGACAACAUUGCCUUCAUGAUUACCAAAACCGCAGUGCAGGUGCUCUCUAGUGGGGAGGUCCGCGACAUCGUGAGCAAAAAGGGGGAAGAUGUACAGACGGUUAAUAUUGAUGCCAAAAAAGAGACAACUUCCCAACAGGGAGGAACUGAAAACGAAGAGCCAGUCGUGUGCCUGGACAAGAAACCAGUUAUCAUCAUUUUUGACGAACCCAUGGACAUCCGGUCCGCAUAUAAGAGACUUUCGACCAUAUUCGAGGAGUGCGAUGAGGAAUUAGAGAGAAUGAUGACAGAGGAAAAGAUAGAGGAGGAGGAAGAGGAGGAAAACGGAGACCCAGCGGUCCAGAACAACAGGUCUGGAAAGUUCCCUGGGGAGGCGGCCUCCGGCAGCCACGGACCCGCACAGCAGGCUGACCGUGAACGACAGCCACACUGCCCGUCGGCCGAGGCUGACACAUCAGGAAGACGGGAAAUGAAUAAAAGGGAGCAAGGCAAGUUCAACCAAGCAGAUACUCCAAGUUCAGAAAGCAAGGGCGAUGGGGCAGAUGACCAGUUUGAAAACCCCAAGAAGAAGUUUAAGUUCAAAUUCCCUAAAAAGCAGCUGGCGGCCCUCACUCAGGCGAUUCGCACAGGAACCAAGACGGGGAAGAAGACCUUGCAGGUGGUGGUCUACGAGGAGGAGGAGGAGGACGGCACCUUGAAGCAGCACAAGGAAGCCAAGCGAUUUGAAAUCACUAGGUCCCAAGCUGAAGACACCCCCAAGAGCGUGCUGAGGAGGCAAGAGCCACCCAGUCCGGAGAGCACAGCUCUGAUUUCCAGAACUGAUGAAAUUAGAAAGAAUACCUACAGGACGCUGGACAGCCUGGAGCAGACCAUCAAACAGCUCGAAACCACCAUCAGUGAAAUGAGUCCAAAAGCCCUAGUUGACACUUCAUGCUCUUUCCACAGAGAUUUUGUUGCCAGCUCACCCCACAUGGCCCCAGAGGCCUCUCCCCGCUCCCUGCUAGCUCUGGAUGAAGCUCCCACUGCCCCAGAGCCCCCCUCGUCCAUACCUGCGGCUUCACGUAAGGGCUCCACUGGGACCCCGCCGACGAGCAGGAUGCCAGUCCCCAUGAGCUCCAAGGGCAGACCCGGAAGCCUGGACAAGCCUGGCAAGCAGUCCAAACUGCAGGAUCCCCGCCAAUAUCGUCAGGCUAAUGGAAGUGCUAAGAAAGCUGGUGGGGACUGUAAGCCUACUUUCCCCUCCUUACCUGCUUCUAAGAUUCCAGCCCUUUCUCCCAGCUCUGGGAAAAGCAGUUCUCUACCCUCUUCUAGUGGUGACAGCUCUAACUUGCCUAUUCCACCCACUACUAAACCACCGGUUACUUCUAACCCUCUCAGCCCCCAGACAGGACGGUCUGCUCCGUCUGCCUCCCUCAUCCCUUCUGUCUCUAAUGGCUCCUUAAAGUUUCAGAGCCCCACUCAUGCAGGUAAAGGCCACCAUCUCUCAUUCUCACUGCAGACUCACAACGGCCGAGCAGCCCCUCCCUCCUCCUCCUCCUCCCCGCCCUCCCCCGCCUGCCCCACUUCACUGAAUCAAGGUGCCAAGAGCAUCAGAACCAUCCACACUCCCGGCCUCACCAGCUACAAGGCACAGAACGGAAGUUCAAGCAAAGCCACCCCAUCCACAGCAAAAGAAACCUCUUAAAGGCCAAAUCCUGUUAGGCACAAGUCGGAGUUACAUUUAAAAAAAUAUAUAUUUUUUUUUUCAACAACUGUUUUCCCAAAAGAAUGUACCAUAUUGCUGUACUGUUUGAGGCUUCACGCUAAGUAUGUGCUAAAUACUGGAUGACUAGAUUUCAGUAAAGCUCGUUUGUUUUUUUUACUCUGUUGCUGUUGUAAUUACAUAGUGUUUACUGUCUAUAUUCGAUACCUGUUACGUGAAGUAAGCAUGUGUUACGAAGAGUGGCUGGCAGGAGAGAAGGGUGCGUGUGAGAUGGGGGGGGAAAUGUAUUCAGCAUGUAAAACAUGUAUGAUUCCAGAAUUUUAGUAUGUUUUGUACAAAAAUAUUUUUCAUUACGGAGACUAGACGUGAACAGAGAAAUACACAAGUGUGACUAUACAAAUUGUAAAACAGAUACUAUAAUAUUUCCUUUUAUUUUAGUGUUAUUUAGCUUUAUUACAGAUUUCUAUUUUUGUCAAAACUUCAUGGUUCCUUUCGAGAUCUUUUUUGCCAAAAACAUUUUGAUACUAUAGCAUUGUACAUGUGAAAGUAGUGUGCUAGGCGAUAUGCCCGUGAACCUCUACACAGCCGACCCCGAGGCCCGUGGAGAAGGCAGUUUAGCACACCAGUUACACUGCCAUGAAAAUUAGGUAUGAUAAUUUGCAGCCCAAGCAAGCGAGCUUUCUUUGCUUUUCUUUCCUUCUCUUUUUUCUUUUCUUCUCCUUUUUUUUUUUUUAACAUAUUGGAAUUCUCUAGUUGCUUUCCUUGCAGUAUCGAACCCCUUCCUUUGUUUUCGGAGACCUGGUAACCCACACAAUUGCAUUGUGGAUUUUAACAUGUACACUUCUGUACGGUUCUGUCAACUGCUCAACUUUUGUACAUAUAUAAAUAGACAUCCGAAAUACUGUAUGUGACCGCACAGAGUAGUUUUCCCACACCAAAGUUAAUUUUUAUGCAUGCUUUAAAACUCUAUCUCGGGACGGGCAGAAAUGGGGGCUCCCCAUACAUUUUUAAAAAGCAACAAGUUUGCACAGCUAGAGUGUUUUUGUAAAUAAAUGUAUUUGUAUAACACAA